AUGUCGUCGGAUGCUGAACCUGUAGUGGCUUCUGCUCCCGCAGAGGUUGACGAGAAUGCCCCCCGGCCACCCCAGUCGAAGGUGUCUAAGGAAAACCCCAAGGCCAGCCCCGAAAAGGCCGGAGCUGUUAAGCGCCCUGUCUCGUCGGGAAUAGCCACCAAGCGGCCCACGUCGUCAUCCGCAACAAAGCCCAUGACUACCGCAACCCGCGGCACGACUAGCAGCACCUUGAACAAGCCUCCCACGCGCCCUACUACAACUACGGCGCGCAAGCCCCUGGGUGCCUCGACUGCCCCGACUACUUCGUCUCAUCGGUCUCGCAUGUCCGUGAGCAGUUCCGCAGAUGAAAAGCCCCGCUCUGUGGCCAGCUCUGGAGAUGAGAAGAGAGGAAUCUUGGGUACCGCUAAGCGCAUGUCCAUGGCUGGCACUACGUCCACUCGUGCUCCUUUGAGGCCCACCUCUUCCUCGGUUGAUCGCCGAUCCAGCGUUGCUGGUCCUACUGCGGAGAGGAAGCCUGCCACCACAACUACAGCACGCACCGCCGCUAGCUCUACGAGCAAGCCAAUGGGUCGUUUGACUUCUGCUACUCCUGCGAGCCGAACUGCAACUUCGACUUCCACCACUCGCCCUGCUGCUACUACUUCUACUACUACUCGUCCCACCUCAACUACAAGCACCGUGAGAUCUGCCACUGACCCCAAAAAGCGAUUGAGCACGAUCGGUGGCACAUCUGCUACACGUGGCGCGGGUGAUUCCGAGAAGCUUCAGGCUCUUCAGACAAAGCUCACGGAAAGCGAAGAGACUGUUGCCAAUUUGAAGACAGAACUUGAGUCCGUAAACGAAAAGCUGAGCCAGCUCUCCUUGUCCGCUGAUCAGCCCUCUCCUGAUCAGGGUGCCACUGAUGCCCUUCGCGCUGAACACACCGCCGAACUUGAAAAGUUGACAUCGUCUCAUGCUGAGCAACUUCAGACAUUGCAGACUCAGCUCGAGGAAGCCGAGGCCCAGCGUAAAGAAUUGGCAGAAACGUCCCAAAGACAACUCGAAGAGGCCAAAGAAGCCGCCUCCGCACAAGGCGACGUUAGGAUGACAGCAUUGCUUGAGGACCUCAAGGCUGCACACCAAGCUCAAUUGGAGAGCAUUGGAACCGAGCUGACAGAGCGGAAGGCCGCAGCUGCCAACUUUGAAGACCAGAUUGAAACCCUGAACAAGGAGCUCCAGUCACUUCAAGCCUUGGAGCAGCAAAAUGCUCAGCUCACCCGAGAGCUCAAGGGCCAUGAUCAGGUUCUGGAGAACCUAAACAACGAAAUCAGUAGACUGAACACUCUGAAGGAGCAGGAAGUUCGUGCCGCAGAGGAAUCUGCCCAACAGAGCGUGUCUGCACUAAAGGAGCAACUGACUACCCUCGAAGCGAAGCUCGCUGAGACCGAGUCAGCCACCCAGCAGAGCUCUGAAACAACCGAAACGAUCGCUGAGAAAGACCAACAAAUCACUGAUCUCAAGCAGACACUUGAAAAUCUGCAAAGUGAGCUCCAGGAGGCACGCGAUGACGCUGUCGACCGGUUGGAAUCCAAUGUCAAGGAACUGGAAAUUGCCCAUGAAGCUGCCAUCGCCAAGUUGAAGGCCGAGCACGACACCGCCAUUUCUUCCCUUUCGGAUUCCCAUGCCAAGGAACUCACCGUAGCCACGGCUGCUGUGGAGUCUAGCGGCUCAGAUCACACCAAGGAAAUCCAGGAGCUUCGAGAGGCUCUUGAAUCAUCCAAGGCUAUUGCCCAGCAGAGCCAAGAGGAUGCCAUUGUUGAGCUGAAGACUGCUCAUGAGGUCGAAUUGAACGCCCUUCAAGAGAAACUGCAGGAAUCCGAGGCUGCUGCCCAAAAUGGACAGGAAGCUUCCAUCGCUGAAUUGAAGGCUACCCACGAAGCUGAGUUGAAGUCUCUGCAGGAGCAACUUGAGGCUUCUGAGGCUUCCGCUCAAGAGAAACAGCAGGAAGCCCUUGUCGAGCUGAAGGCUACUCACGGAGCCGAGUUGAAAUCUUUGCAGGAACAACUUGAGGCUUCAGAGGCUUCAGCCCAGGAGGGACAGCAGGAAGCUCUUGCCGGGCUGAAGACAUCUCACGAAGCCGAGUUGAAGUCUCUCCAGGAACAACUUGAGGCUUCAGAGGCUUCCGCCCAAGAGGUGCAGCAGGAUGCACUUGCCCAGCUGAAGAUUGCCCACGAGGAAGAACUGAAAUCCCUUAGAGAAAAGCUCGAGGCAUCGGAGAAUUCCCUCGCAGAAUCUCGUCGCGCUUUGGAUGAAGGCCAGGCCACCGCCCAAGACGUUGCUGUUCAAGAGAUUGAAGCUCUUCACCAGAAGUGUGAGUCACUGGAGUUGGAACUUUCUACUGGCACUGGAAAGAUCAACGCGCUCCACGAGGAGGUUCAAAGCAAGCAAGCCGAGGCUGAGGCACUUCACCACAGUCUUCGCGAUGUUGAAGAUUACUAUAAGCAGGAGACUGCCCAAAAGGACAACAAGCUCAAGGCUCUAGAGCAGAAAGCCGAUGAGGCUAUCCGUCUUCUUGAGGAACACACCUCGCAGGCCGCUGGUGUGUCUGACGAACACUCCAAAACUUUGGAAGACCUGAAGACUCAGCAUGCUGCCCAGCACAUCGCAGCUAUCGAAGAGUUGAAGGCACAACAUGCGACUGAGCUGAUCCAAGCGAAGGAGUCAUCCGGUUCCCACGAGACUGCCCUUGGUGCUCUUCAGUCGCAGCAUGAUGAGCUCUUUGCCAAGAACAAGGAGUUGGAGUCUGCGUACUCGACUAAGGUCCAGUCUCACGAGGCUGAGCUGAAGUCCGCGCUCGAGGUUCACUCAGGUGAAAUUGCUGCUCACACUGAACAGCGCGAGAAAGCAGCCGCUGAACUUCAAAGUCAGUUCGAGGAAACCCAAACUAAGUUGCAAACUGAAAUCGCUGCUUUACAAAGCUCUAGCAAAACCGAUGCCGAGGUCCACGAGAAGCAGGUCGCUGAAUUGCAGAAGGACUUUGAGGAGACCAAAGCUAAGUUGCAGGCUGAGAUCGAGGCGUCCAAGGCGUCCAAGUCUGCCGAAGCCGAAGCCGAACAUGGCAAGGCCAUCGAGCAACUCCUCACCAUGCACGAGGCUAAGCUUUCCGGUCUCAAGGAAGAGCUUGAUGCUUCUAACAGCACCAAGCUUGAUCAACUCCAGAAGUCGCACGAUGAGGCACUGGCUGAUGUCAGCGCUCAGCUCUCCGAGGCCAAGGCUGCCGUUCAGGAUACUUCUGUCAUGGAUGGUUUGAAGGCUACUAUUGCUGAUUUGGAGGGCAAGCUUGCCGACUCAGAGAAAGCUCACAUUGCGGUCCAAGAGUCUGCUACGUCUGCUUCCAGGGACAUCGAGGCUCGUUACGCUGCUGAGAUCUCCCAGAGCCAGGCAGCCCACGCUGCCCUCGAAGAAAAGUACCAGCAAACUGUCGCUCAGCUCACUAUCCUUCAGAAGUCUGCCAGUGACUCGGAGAGCCAGAAGUCUCAUCUUGAGUCUCUCAUGAAGCAGCUCUCGGAAUCCCGCGAUCAGCUCCUGACCCUCAAGGCUGACAAUGCUACUAUCUCUGACUCGUUGCUUGAUUGCAAAAAUCAGAACAGAACUCUUUCUGAGAAGCUGGCGGCCGGUGAACGCGAUCUGAACGAUCAGAUUGACAAGAACAUGGGUCUCCUGAAUCAACUUGGCGACGUUGACUCGGCUAUCUCUGCCAGUCGGCGACGUGUUCGUGAGCUCGAAACUGAGCUACAACUUUUGAAGGUUGAUGGUGGAGACCGGAGCAGCACCUCAGGCUUGGGGGCCAGCCGGUGGGCAACAGCCGAUGAGGGUAGUGAAAACGCUGAAGAUGGGGGUCCAGCCACAACGGAAGGUGAGGACCUCGGCCCAUCCAUUGAGGGAACGAUGGCCAGCAUACAGGAACAGCUUAAGCAUAUCCGAACAGCCAAUGAGGACUGGCACGAUGAGCAUGCCAGACUCGUCGGGGAACUUGCCCAGCUCUCCAGACACGCAACCCCUGCACCUUGCAGUCUCUCCUCCACUCCUCACCCAGAGGCAUCAACAUCGGCCCACAAAUCAAACAACAGUCGCGUCCACAUCGAACAUCCUUCACGUUAG